AUGAGAUCUCAAUUUCAUUCAAAUAUUAAAAUUCUGGAUUUAUCGGGUAACAAUAUAAGCGACAUCAAUGGAGGAUUUUUCAGGCCAGUUGAAAUAAGUCUCACGCAUUUGUACCUCAGUAAAAAUAAUUUAAUGAAUACAACGAGGAGCGUCUUUGGUAAUUUGCAACACCUUCACUGGCUGGAUUUGUCGUACAAUCAAAUAAUUGACUUGGACUACGAUACGUUUAGGAAUACGAGGAAAUUGCAAUACAUCAACUUAUCCCACAACAGAGUUGCUGAUCUGCCAACGGAAUUCUUCAAGUACAUCACGGAAUUGCGAGUCGUUGACCUUUCAACAAAUUACAUUCGAUCCCUUCCUGAGAAUCUCUUCUUUGACGAUGGACUGGAGAAGUUGGACUUGUCUCACAACUGGCUCAUCAAGAUUCCCGUGAGUGCCAUGAGCAAUGUUGCAGCUCUCACUCUCUGUUACCUGGAUUUAUCUCACAAUCAAAUAGGGACCAUCCACAAUGUUGAUUUAUCGACGAAAUUCAGGAAUUUGGCUCAUCUGGAUCUCUCGGAUAAUCACAUCUUUCGCCUGGAAGAUGCAUCAUUUGCUACUCUACCACGACUCAGUACACUAAUUCUCUCCAAUAAUGUCGGUCUUGAGAUCACGGGAAAGACUUUUAUUGGCUUGGAGAAUAGUUUGAUAGAUUUAAGAAUUGAUAAUGUAACGAUGAUUGCUUUUCCUGAUUUACCUUUCACAUAUUUGCGACGUUUGAGUAUUGCCCACAAUGAAUUACCCUCAAUUCCUCCGGAAUUGGCAUACAAUAUCAGCUUACUGAGGCACCUAGAUCUGUCCUACAAUGAUCUCUCAGCUGUACCUCUAAUCACACAUUCUCUGCCUCAAUUAAAGUCUCUCAAUAUAGCUGGGAAUCCCAUUGCAACACUCACCAAUGCCAGUCUCAUUGGGGCUGCAGAAACUCUUGAAUAUCUCAAUAUUGCUCAUCUCUUUCUCAACUCCUUCGAGUUGGGUGCUCUUAGCAAGAUGUCUUCUCUGAAAACUCUCGCAAUAUCUCCUUAUCCGGAUGUAAUCAAUUUCAACAUCCCCCUCGUUGUGCAGGAGGUGGAAACUCUCAGGCAGCUGGAAAUUGAAGCUCCUCAACCCAUUCCAGUUGCUUACUCGGGAGAUAGUGCCUUUAUGCGCCCCCGAACUGAUCCCAUAACAGACCUAAAACUCGAGAUGGAUGGAAUUUUUCCUGCAAAGCUUAAAACAGUCAUCUUGAGGGGAAAGAGAUUCAAACAAGUGGCUAAUAAUAUUCUAAAUGGUAUCCAAUCGCCAGUUCUUCAUCUUAUUCUGCAAAAUACCUCCAUCACAUCACUGCCGAAUAAUUUUUUCAAGAGCCACGGAAGUGUUCGGAAUCUCACUCUGGAUUUCACUGAAAAUAAUGAGAAUUUGAUAAAGAUCCCUAAUCCUAGUACUGGGAAAAUCCCCCAACUCCCAGAUCAAGUCUUUCUUGUAGAUCUGAAGUUGGGCAAUCAACAGUUGUCCUGUGAUUGUGGACUCGGAUGGGUGGAAUUCUGGUCCAGGAAGAAGCGUCAGUACAUGUGCAAUGGUGUCUCGUGGUCAAGAGAUAUCUUCGAAAUGUUCUCAACUUCACAUCCCCUCGAAGGAAGUAGGAGUCACAGGGAAAUUUGUGACGAUGAAAAUGGACUCAGAGAGGCAGAAUGUUCAAAUAAAGGCUCCCAAAGUCUCAUUGAGGUUCUCAAAUCCGAGCUGGAAUGUGGUUGGGAUAGUUCAACGAGAAUUAAUAGCGAAAUGAUCAUAGUGUUUAGUGUGAUGGCUGUUCUGCUUGUCGGCUGGUUUUGACUCCUUGUCCAAAUUUUCAAGAUCUCCCGUGAUUUCUACGACGUGAAUUUCCAUGCCAAAAAAUACCAUCACGUGUUUUCAAUAUCCACAAUUAGUUCACAAUAUUAUCAUAAAUUAUUAUUCUACAAUUUGUAAUUUAAAUCAAUACAUUAUGAAUUAAAAAUGAUAAAAAUUACAUUUUACAUCAUCCAACGAAACAACUUUGAAGACUUCUUUUUCAAAAAAAAAAAAAUAAUAAAAAAGAAAAUUGAUGUUAGUUAAUAAGAAAGAAUCAUUUGAAACAGGUACUAAAAAUAGUUAAUGAGACCUCAUUUAAUGUCAUGGUUAAAUGUGCUGUUUAAGUAGAAAUAAAAGUAAUUUAAACUCUGUCACUAUUUUUAGCUUUCUUGUUUUAAUAAAAUUGUAAAAUUUAAAUAUAAAUCAAUGUAAGAAAUUCGAGAAAAUAUUAAAGAAAUUGAAAGAAUUUAAUUCUUUGAACAAUAAAGACAGCAAAGAUAAAAUAGA